AUGAAAAUAAGUCGUGUAACAACUCCUGGUUAUGCGAUAAUGGAAAAUUAUAGUCAAGGAUUUAAUUUUGGUAAUACUUUUUAUAUGUGUGGUCAAAAUGUAUAUUUACAAUAUCAAGGGUAUUAUGAUGCUAACGCUAUAAAUUCAAAUAUGGGUACUAAUUUUGUUCCUAAGGAAAUUGAGCUUUUCAAC